UCAACAAUCAAAUCAUUUUUAAACGGGUACGGUGUAGGUGUGCGCUUCGUCAGCAAUAGUUACCAAAAACCAUCUCUUAAACAAACGACAUCGACGGAAUCAUAAUUUGGGGCAUAUACACAUACUGUAUAGGCAUAUUUUAAAUAUAUAAUAAAAAAAACUGUUUUCAAUUAUUUGCAUUCGCGUAAGCUACACAAACAAUAAAUCGAUCGCAUCGCUUCGUUUUCGCCAUUUAUGUGUUAAUACAAGCCAACAACAAGAUUCUGAGCUUGACACUGAUAUUGUCGCCGUGAAUUGUUUAGUGUGUACAACUUUUGCUUUGUAUAAAUUAGUAUUACUACCUGACUAGACGAGUCAAGCUAAAAUACACGGAAUAACUUCAACAACAUCAAUGGCAACUUGCACGACUACGCAACUGUAGAAAGUUUUUGUUAUUAUUAUUAAGAAAACAGCCAACCGAAAAUCACCAAAAAACCUUAAUUAAAUAAAGCUGAAAAAUAUAUACAUAAACUGAAAAGAGAGGUAUACAGAGAGAUACAUAAAUAUAUAUUAUCAAUCUGAGCAUUUCUGAGUACGUUUUCUGUGUACGUCGGUGAAGUAAAUAAAAUAGUUAGCGUUAUUCACAAUCGUAGUGUAAAUAAAUAAACGAAAUGUCCGGCCCACUGCCCGAAAUAAGCGCAGAGCAACGCAACACACUGGAACAGUUCCGAAAGCGGAUGAACGAUGCUCUCAGCGACAAUGAUGAUGAUUAUUUCCUGCUACGUUGGCUCAGAGCUCGCAAAUGGAACCUGGAUGCGUCAGAGAAAAUGUUACGAGCGUGUAUUAAGACCCGGGCUAUGUGGAAUGUCGAUAACAUCGAGAAGUGGGAUGUGCCCAGGGCUUUGCGAGAGUACCUUCCAUAUGGUCUAAUGGGUUACGAUAAUGAAGGAUCGCCAGUGAUUGUCUGUCCGUUCUACAACUACGAUAUCUGGGGCAUGAUGCAUUGUGUGACGCGGUUUGAAUUCCAAAAGUAUCUUGUGCUGCUGCUGGAGCGAUUCAUGAAAAUCGCCUACGAGCAAAGUCUUGUGCACGGUUGGAAGGCACGCCAGCUGGUUGUCUUCUUCGACUGUGAGUCCAUGAACCUAAAGCAAUUCGCGUGGCGUCCAGCGGCUGAGUGCGUCAUCUCAUCUGUGAAGCAGUACGAGGCCAACUUCCCAGAGCUGCUCAAAAUGUGCUACAUCAUCAAUGCGCCCAAACUAUUUUCAGUUGCAUUUAACAUAGUGAAGAAAUUUCUGGAUGAGAACACCACCAGCAAGAUCCAUAUAUACAAAUCAGGCGUGGACAAGUGGCAGCACCACCUCUUCUCCCACGUAGACAAGAAAAACUUCCCAAAGUCUUGGGGAGGUGAGCUGGUCGACAAGAAUGGUGAUCCCCAAUGUAAGUCAAUGAUGAUCUGGGGCGGAAAGUUGCCCGAGGAGCUCUACGUUGAUCAGAGCAAUCAGCAAAGUGACAAAAACUUCACUGAGACUCAGGUGCCCAAGGGAGAUAAAUUAAAGCUGAGUUUUAAAGUGAACGAUGAUCAGCUGUCGCAGAAAUUGCUUUCGUGGAACUUCCGCACAUUCGACUACGACAUCAAGUUUGGAAUUUACAGCAUGGACGAAAAGACAGGCGAGAAACGAAGUGAAGUGCCUUUGGGUACUGUGUACUCCAACGAAAUGGACGAAGCUGGGUUUAUCUCCACGCGAUCCAACACAACCUAUACCGUCGUGUUUGAUAACUCAGCAAGUUAUUUGCGCAGUAAGAAGCUGCGCUAUUGGGUAGACCUUAUCUCCGAAGAGGAAGAAGGCAUCAGCGAACUCACCACCCAGAUGGAGAACACACAAAUAGUGCCAAAGUAAUGAUGAAGCCAAAAAAAAAAACUGUUCAAGCCUACACUGAGCUCGGCGUGGCCGAAACACACAGCUAUAGGCUUGAAUCAACAAUAACAACCAUACAAACUAACCUCGGUGCAAUCAGUCACUUAUUUAGAUAAUUUGCCCUUAAAUGUGGUGACAACUCGCGUUGCUAAGAACCCAUGUGAUAAAAAGGACAACUACUUAUUAUUAACGUAGUAUAUUGGAUACAUUUACAGUUAGUUACAUUUUGUGCUUUAUUUUGAGUAACUACUUAGCGCACUUUUGUACAAUAGUUUUUAUUGUUAUGUGGAUUAUGGAUUCUGAUUUCUUGAUAUUGUCUUACGAUUUGCAGUUUAAUCGUAAGUUUAUAUAAAAACUUUUUUUUGCAUAAUCAAUAAAUAAAUGGAUGAUAUAUGGGCAUACUUCAUUUGCACCUUUUCUUUUAUGUUGGUCGCAAUUGCGCCAGAAUACCGCCUCAUGGCUGCUGUGAGGAGGCGCGGCGCUUGCGCCUUC